CGGGGCGCGGGCGGGGGCCGCUGCUGCCGCGGCGACGCUCGUGCUGCGCCCGACGCCCGCCGCCCGCCAGUCAGCCGCGCGCCUCCGACACGAGUGCUGUUCGAGCGCGACAACACACACCACCGCUUCGCGAAGCGGAGUAUGCUACAGCAGAUGUCCUCGCCGCCGAGCGCACAAGCCGGCGAGGUCGCAACUAUCGUGCGCCACCUUGAAGGCCGCGUCUGCGGCGACGUGUCUUCGGAGGCUUCCUCGGAUGCCGCGGAGGACUUUGAAUUACCACAGUGCAAGAUAAGGAGGAAUUAUAAUUGCACCAAGUGCACGUUCUAUACUCAGAACCCGCGCGCUUAUCUGUUCCACACUCGUGACGCUCACUUUGUUAAACUCAAGAUUUACGAGUGUCCACACUGUGUUUACGCUUCGAGGCAUCAUCAGAAACUUAUGAGACACGUCAAAAUGGUCCAUGGAGAACCUAAGCCGACAACAGCGGCUGCUAAAGUGGAUGCUGAGUUGUCGCCUCCCUCCUACGAAAACAUGGAACCGGCAGAGCGCAUUGAAGACUUACUAGAGGAAGUCGAGGACUGUGAGGAUAUGAUGAUGGAAGUAGAUGAUGACUCCUCGGAGCGACCUGAUGAUUUGGAUGGCGAGUGCGAAAGAAGUGUUGAGCAAGCAGCGCCCUCUGACGAGUCAAAAAGUAAAGGGAAAUUUUUCUCAUGCGAUAAGUGCAACUAUGUCACCCACAUAAGGGCUAGAUUCACAAAGCACGUCAAGUAUCAUUCAAUGCCUAUGAUCAAGUGUACAAUGUGUGAUUUUCGAACUCCCUACAAGUGGAACUUGGACCGCCACAUGAAGAACCACGGUGGAAGUGGAAGUUUCAAUUGUUCGAUGUGCAACUUUACGGCGGACAUCAAGCAGAGUCUGACGGUGCACGAAAUGAAUCAUCACACUCAGCCAGCGGGCCAAUCGCUGUCGAGUCGCCGCCGCAACCGGGUGGGCGCCAGCGACACGGUUAUCGCGGAGUUCGACGCAGCGAGCACGUUGCUCCCCAAGGAGGAAGAAGGGAGCGGCGACUCGCGGUCCUCACACUCGGUCUCGGACAUGGGUCUUCAAUACGCAGAGAGAGAACUCGUCGGAUGCAAAAGCGACUCCAAUGACGCUGCUGCUUCUGACACCAUUGUCAAAAAAGAAACUUCACAAGAUGGCUUCCAGCUGUCACCUACACACAGCUCAGAUGAGAAGACGCAGAAACAAAGUAGAAAAGUUCCCAGGCCAAUACCACAACUCAUACCACUUAAUUCUUCUACACCUAACCAGAAACAAACAUGUUCUGGUGAACCGCCCAGCAAAAAGUUCAAGGAAUCGUUACAAGCAGAAAUUGUUGACGAUGUUUCGGGCGAUAACACCCUCGUCCCUCAAAACCCUUCAAUCAAAGAAACUACAGGUCGAAAAAAGAAUGAAUCAUUCUUCGACAGACUUAAAGAAAGACUGUUAACAGAAACAGGAGAAGAAGGCUCGCUUAUAUGUAAAAACUGCGGAUUUGAAAGCAAAUGUCUAUCAGAACAUUCUGUACACGAGAAAAAUUGUUCACCUCAAACUAACAGGGUCAAUGCAAAUACGUCACUUAAAAGUUUAAGCUCGACUCGAUGUCAGAACUGCAGACACCGCUGUAAGUCUAGCGCAGAUUUGUACGUCCACAUGCAAACGUGUGGAAAGAGCGAGAAUAUGGACGAUGAAGAUACUAUUAAAAAUCAAGACAGUAAUGACGGUGUCAUUCCAAUACAUGAAAAAGAGACUGAACCUCAUCCAAUGGAAAACGUUGUUUUUGUUUGGAAUAAUAUUAACCAAGACGCCAACAAGUUCGAUAUGCCUCUAGACAUAAACAUAAAUGACGAUUGCACACUACCAGAAGUACACAGAAGUUUCGAUCACGAGAUAACUGACGACAACGAAAGUAUGAAUUUGUCACCAAGUCAAGCCAUCGGAAGAAAGGUAUUCAAAUGUCCACAUUGUCCAUUUUUCUCCACAACAGCAUCCAGGUUUCACGUGCACAUUGUUGGUCACUUAAAUAAGAAACCAUUUGAGUGUUCACUCUGCAAAUAUAAAUCUAAUUGGAGAUGGGAUAUAACCAAACACAUAAAACUGAAAUCGGCAAGAGAUCCUGAACAUAACGAGGCAAAAGUUCUAAUGACAGAUGAAACUGGAAGAAGAAACUAUAGCAAAUACAACAAAUUCUUAGCGAUGCCCGUACUAAAUGAUAAUGGUGAAAACGAGUUCCAUUACCUGGAUCCUAAUACCGCAGUCGACAGCACUAUGGAAAUCGAUGAGUCAUUUAAUGAUAUAUCGGACGUUAUGAACGUACAAUUUGAAAUGCAACCACUAAACUUACAGACACAACACAGUGACGAUAAGUACGAUUAUAUGGAUAACAGAGGUCUUAAUGACAUAAAGAAGCCGAAGAAAACAUUAUGGAAAUGUAAAAAAUGUAACUACAAAGAUCCUUCAAAAGAAGCCCUGUUAGAGCAUGUCCGUGAACACUCCAAAUCGGACGGUCACCAUGACGAGUCAAGCAAACAACCUGCCAAGAAAGCUGAAAACAAUACUCCCGACCCAGCUGACUUGGCAUAUCGCUGUGGACACUGUAACCAGUUAUCAAAUUGGAAACAUGUCAUUCAGCGUCAUUGCCGAUUAAAACACGAUGGAGUCAUAAAAGUAAUAACUACAGUCAAACCGAAACCUGACCCGCCAAUGAACAUUAAUGAGAUCAACAUUGAUACAUGCAACAAGUGUCCGUACAGAACAAGUGAUAAGAAGCUACUUAUCGCUCACUUGCAACAGCACCAGCCCUCGGCUAAUUCUAUCUUCAAAUGCUACUUCUGCCCCUUCUUCGUCAAGGAUGAACCAGAGUUGAUCCAACAUCUACAUCUUCACGGUAUCUCUGACCCAGAGGACUACAUCGCAAAGGCAAUGGGCACCAAAUCUCCAGGACCCGAGCAGCCAGCACCUGUAACUCAAUCAUUCAACUCCACGAAACGUCACAAGUGCAUAGAGUGCCCAUAUGAAACCAACAGCAAGUCGCAGUUCAUGUACCACGAACAAUUUCAUCGACUACCCGCUGACACCCCAUACAAAUGCCCGGAAUGCAACUACAGCGUAUCAAAAAGACACUUGCUACACCAACAUCUACGAGUUCACGGAAUCGCAACCAAAAGAAUUGAGACAGAAGCAGAACUAGAAAACAAGACGGAGCUAAAAAUUGACUUCAGUAUUAACCUUGAUGAAAUCCCAUACGUUUGGGUGUCAGCAAAGAACGAAUUUCAUAAAAUGUACAAGUGCCGGUACUGUUCAUACGUUAAUGCUAUAAAAUGUAAAAUACCAAAUCAUGAAAAAAUCCAUUACACCGUAUUCGAAAAUAAUGACACGACCAUUUAUAAAUGUUUGGAAUGCAAAUUCACAUGUGAUAAUGCCGGCAGGCUGGCUGAACAUUCUAAAACGCAUGGCGAAAUAUAUGGUCGCAUUUAUUGUCCCGUGGAAUUCGAUGUUCCCGAUGAAGAACAAAUCUCUAAGCUGCGAAAGGUUAUAGAAAUAGAAAAAUCGGCGAAUCCAGAAAGUUUUUCUAGAGAUGAUAGCUCUACACUUGAGAACAGAGAAAUAAAACUAUUAUAUUUUUGUGUAAAAUGCCCCGCAAGGUUUUUAGAAUUCAGUGAACUAGAGGAUCAUGAAAAAUGUCAUGUUGCAUCACUUCCGAAUAAAUGUAAAAGUUGUGACUAUUCAGUAUCCGAAGAAAGUGAAUUAAGUGCACAUGCUAUCGUUCAUACCGAUGAAUAUAACACAAAAACGAAGAUGCUGAAAUUUAUUCGCCAUUCGCAUCCCUCGCACAGACAACCCAUUUUAGAACUUGUCCACUGUCCAACAACAUCUGAGAUUACGUGGAUAGCUACAGGUCCAUCCAAAAUUGAAACUGUUGAUGCUCCUGUGAAGAAAAUGAAUGAGUCGAAAACCGUGCCAAAGCAGUACUGUUGCAGACAAUGUCCUGCUAAGUUUUUCAAAAGUUCGGCGUUAACAUAUCAUAUGGGGCUACAUGGUGGUGAAGGAGAGCAUAAGUGCAAGAAAUGUAACUAUGCUGUCAAGAAUAUUGGUAACUUAGCCAAACAUGAAUUAUUACACGAGAAUGAGAACAAAACUACAAGUUGUGAUUACGAAUCUGGUGAAGAUAUGGACUAUAAAAAUAUUCCCUUGUCAGGCACAGAUUUGUUCCAGAGAAAGACUGAGGCUCAAAAAAGAGUUUUGACCGAUAAGGAUAAGUUAGUUAAACCGAAUGAUCAUUUUCCGCCUGUCCUGCAAGCUGAUCCUCAAUUCGGUUAUUUAAUGCACGGUAAUCCUGAAUUUAUAUAUCCUACGUACCUAAAGAAUGGUCGUCAAAAAGAAAAACGAUAUAAAUGCCACAAGUGUCCUUCAGCAUUUGAAAAACGAGAACAAUAUAAAAUCCAUUUAUCAUUGCACGGCUCCAAGCAAAGAUACAAGUGUGAAUUAUGUGACUAUUCCGUAAAAUAUUAUGCCAAUUACGUUCAACACAUGAGAAAACAUCAAAUGAACGAUGAAGCUCAAGCUGAGAGAAAGAAGGGCAGUACUGAUUAUAUAGAAUCUGAAAACCAAGAAGACAUCAAACAUGAUGACAGUAGUGAUAACAUUAAACUUGCAAUUAAGACUAUGCCGAAGGGGGCGCCUAAAAGCGACUUCCAACAAUUUUCCAUUAGCGACCAGCAAACUCUUCGAUUGCUUCAGCGAAGGCGAUCGAUGAACAAUUCUGGGAAAGACUUAAAUACAUCAGAAACCUCGCCGAUCAAAGAACGUAAAUUGCACAUGUGUGUACUAUGCCCGUACACUAACCAACGUCAAGACUCAUUAAGUAAUCAUUACAGAAGACACGGUGAGAGCGAUGAUCUGCACGCUGGGAGCCGCAAAUGUUCUUAUUGUGACCUAGUGGUCGUGCAGUCACACUUCCUCCGCGAACAUCUCAAGACUCACUUCAACUACCACAAGGCUCAAACUCCUGAAUGUUUCGUGGCUAACCAAGAUGUUAGCUUUACCAUUACCAAGUUAGAAGAUGGCAGUGAAUCAGUUGAUCUCAAAUUAGACAUGCAAAACAAGAGUUUUGCUUGUAAUGAUGAAAAGAUAUUUGUUAAAAUUAAAACUGGAUUAUUGGUAGAAUAAAAUAUUCUUAUUGAAUAAUAAUGGCUACUAUAAUUAUAGGUUAAUUAGAUUAAAGGUUGUUCAUAACAAGAAUAGUUUUAGCCUAAGCCAAAUGAAAAAUGUUGAUGUUCACCAAAGCAUAGCUUGCCAUAUUAGAUUAUAACAUUUCUGGCCAUUUUGGAUAUUAUGAAAAUACAAAAAGGCAAAAUUACAAAAAAGCGCAAUUGGGCUGCUAUCAUAUAAAAUCAUUAUAACAUAAAAAGAAUAUAAGAGAUAUGUUAUUUUUAAUGUUACCACAAAUAAAGGGUUUUUUAUAUAAUGUUGAGUAAAACCCCUUCAAAAUUGCUGAAGCUGUUUUAAAUAUGCAAGAUUUAUAAAAAUAAAUACAUUGAUUGAUUGAUUUGUUAAAAAAUCAUACAAAUUCACACACAUUUAAAUCAAGACUAAAAAUAUAUUUUACUAUCAUAAACUUGUGAGUAAUUGUAAUAGACAAUAUUACUUUUGUUGUUUAUUUAGACAAUCAGAGGAUAGGAGACUCAAUAUUUUUAUGAAUAAAUUGCUGAUUAAUAUUUUAGGAACACUGGAUAAUAAUUUAUACCUACCAUAUUGUAAGAAUAAGUGUAAUCAUAGUUUAUAUAGUGCCAGUUUUAUAUACUUUAGGUUUGUCCUAAAGGACACAUUCCUGUUGUGCAAAAUGUUUUAUAAAUACAUAUAUGAUUAUUCAAUGAA